AUGGCACCCUCUUCACCAUUCGUUCUUCGCUGGGGUAUCAUAUCAACAGGCUGGAUUGCCGAACGCGUCGUCUCGGUGAGCUUGAUAAACUAUUUUUUGAAUAAUGUGGAAGUCCGAGAUGUGCAUGACGUAGUUCAUAAAGUAACUGCCGUGGGGUCCCGUAGCGUGGAAAAGGCACAGAAAUUUAUCACCGAGUAUGUUGAAGGAGAUAAAUCUGUGAAGGCAUACGGAACUUACGAAGAAGUAUACGCUGAUAAGAACGUCGAUGCUAUCUAUAUUGGUACUCCUCAUACCUAUCACUACGUCAAUGCCCUUGAUGCGAUCCGAGCCAAGAAGCACGUCCUCUGCGAAAAACCCGUGACUGUCAAUUCCGCCGAGCUGCGCUCGCUCAUAGCAGAGGCGAAGAAACAAGGCGUAUUCUUCAUGGAAGCCCUUUGGACGCGUUUCCAGCCACUCACCCUAGAACUCAAGAAACUCGCGGAAGAUGGCACUCUAGGCGCCCCUGUUGUUGUACAUGCGGACUUUUCCAACGACUUUGGCAUCAGUAGUAUGUAUACUUUAUGCAUUAGAAUUGACUCAACUUGGCUAAAACAUUGUCAAGGACUUCCUAAGACCCACAGGAUGAUGGACCCUGCCCUUGGAGGAGGCGCAAUCUUAGAUUUGGGUCCUUAUCCUCUAGUCUGGGCUACCAUCGCGCUUUACGAACACCCCUCAAACAAGAGUACAAAACCCUCUAAUAUCACCGCAACAAUGUACAAGCUGCCCGCAACCGGCGUCGACUGCAAUACCUCAUACACUGUUACCUUUGCGCCUAACCCUGCCACAGGCUCCACACUAGCUGCCCAAGCGGUGUUGAGCUGUAGCAUGAAUGUUGCAUCGCACAGUCCAGGAGUUACUAUCCGCUAUGAGAAAGGUACAAUUAUCAUCGCGGCUCCGGUACCUUGUCCCAGGUCGUUCACCGUGCAGUAUUUCGCUCCGGGAAAGCCUGGAGUCGUUGCGCGAGAAGAAACGAGGAAGUUUGACUAUGUCGGUAGCGGAUGGCAUUUCCAGGCCGACGAGGUUGCCCGUUGUGUGAGGGAUGGAAAACUUGAGAGUGCACUCUGGGGGCAUGACAAAAGUAUUCUGGAGAUGGAAGUUUUUGAUGAGGUUCGACGUCAAGGUAAUUACAAGUUACCUGAUGGUGUAGAGAAGGUGUUGUGA